UUCUAGGCUAAAUUAUACAAAAUUUUCUGAAUUUCUUGCUAUAUGAAGAUCAUUUUUUGCUCACUAAAUGUUAGAAGUUUCAAGCCUAUGCUAUGGGCAACCCUCCCAUUUUCAGUUCUCUCUUUGUUCUAUGGCUGUAUUGCAUUUGUUUUGUCGGUGUUCGCACUUAUGCUAUCAGUUGUUCUUUCAAUGAAAAGGAAGCGCUCACAGCUUUUAAACAAAGCAUAUCAGAUCCUUCAGCUAGACUUUCGUCUUGGAAUAAUGGCAGAAAUUGUUGUGAAUGGCACGGGGUAACUUGUAGUUUCAUUUCUGGAAAGGUCACAAACUCGAUCUACGGAACUCUUUGGGGUUUACCAACUUCAUAUCAUCUUCUUACGACUACUUGCAAUACAAAAGAUCAUGUUUGGGUGGGGAGAUUAGUUCUUCUCUACUUGAGCUCAAAGAUCUAAAUUAUUUAGACUUGAGUCUAAACGAUUUCAAUGGUGCUCCAGUUCCACAUUUCUUCGUGAUGUUAAAAAACUUGAGGUACCUCAAUCUGUCUUCUGCACAUUUUGGUGGACAGAUUCCACUCCAUUUAGGAAAUCUGUCCAAUUUGAGGUAUCUAGACCUUUCUGAAUAUUUGUAUGAAGAUGAAUCAAAUUUCAAGGUUGGAAACUUGCGAUGGCUUUCUGGUCUUUCUUCUUUAGUGUACCUUAAUGUUGGAAUGCUGGAUUUUAGUAGAUUACAAACAAAUUGGAUGCAUGAAAUUAAUAGACUUUCUUCCUUGUUAGAGCUACACUUGAGUGGCUGCAGUAUUAUAAGUUCGGAUAUUAAAGUUGGAUUUCUAAAUCUCACUUCCCUCAGGGUCUUUGAUCUAUCGAACAAUUGGAUAAGUUCUUUGUUUCCUAUGUGGCUAUCUAAUCUUACCGGCCUUCAAAAACUUGAACUGCAGAAUAACAAUUUACAUGGUACAAUUCCUCGAGACUUUGCAAAAUUGAAAAAUCUUCAAUAUCUUGAUUUAAGUUUCAACCACUUAAAGAAUAGUGGAGAUCACAUGCCUAGUUAUUUGCAAAACCUUUGCAAGUUACAGUUCUUGAAUCUUUAUUACAACAAUUUUAGUUGUACGAUUGAAGAGCUUUUGGGAAGUUUUUCAAAUUGUUCCCACAACAAUUAUUUGGAAUUUUUGGACCUAAGUGAAAAUCAUUUGGUGGGAGAGAUCUCAAAUUCACUAGGGUCGCUCCAGAACCUAAGACACCUGGAUCUUUCAAUGAAUGGAUUAUGGGGAUCGCUUCCAAAUUCGAUUGGUAACUUGUCCUUAUUGCAAAGUAUGAGCAUCUCAUAUAAUUUGUUGAAUGGAACUAUACCUCCAAGUUUUGGGCAGCUAUCAAACUUAAUUCAAUUCAGCGCUUACAACAAUUUCUGGAAAACGGUUAUAACAGAAGCUCAUUUGGUGAACUUGACAGAAUUAAAAUCACUUGAAAUUACAACAGAAAUAAACCGUGCUUUGGUUUUCAAUGUGUCAUAUGAUUGGGUACCUGCUUUUAGGCUCAAGAAUCUUUAUUUGAGAAAUUGCCUUGUGGGUCCUCAAUUUCCAGUUUGGCUUCAAGUCCAGACUCAACUAACUGGCGUUGUCACUAUCUCUAAUGGUGGAAUUUCUGGUCCUAUACCAGACAACUGGAUUUGUAAAAUGUCCUCUAAAAUCACUAGUUUGGAUCUAUCCAACAACUUACUCGAAGGACAUUUGUCUAAUCUACUUGCAUUCCAAGACCCAAAUGCUGUUGUUCACAGUCACAAUAAUUUGUUGGUCGACUCAAUCUUGCAGAAGUAUCCUAAUCUUUUGUUGUUAAAUCUUCAACACAAUUUAUUGACAGGCCCUAUACCUUCAAAUAUCGGUUAUUUGAUGCCCAACGUGCUGAGGUUGUAUUUGUCCAACAAUCGUCUUAGUGGUGUGAUUCCAUCGUCAAUUCAAACAAUGAGAAAUUUGGUAGUACUUUUAUUGUCAGAUAAUCAAUUUUCAGGGGAGUUCUUUGAUUAUUGGGGUGAAUUAAAAUUAUUUGCCAUUGACUUGGCUAACAAUAGUCUCUAUGGAAAAAUUCCAAGCUCAAUAGGUUUUUUGUUCACCCUCGAAACUCUAGUAUUGAGCUACAACCAUUUUGAUGGAAAAAUUCCCAAGUCUUUACAAAAUUGUCCACAGCUCUUGAGCAUCGAUCUCAGUCAAAAUAGGCUAUAUGGAAGCCUUCCUAUGUGGAUUGGAGGUGUUGUGUCACAAUUGCGGUUGCUAAACCUACGAUCUAACCAUUUCACUGGAACCAUCCCAAGACAGUGGUGUAAUCUUCCUAAGCUUCGCGUGCUUGAUGUUUCAAACAACAAUCUUUCAGGAAAAAUUCCAAGUUGCUUGAAUAAUUGGACAGAUAUGGCUUAUAAUCUCUACGUGCAUGCGUCCCAAAAUUAUUCGGAAAAAACAUCAUUGGUUAUGAAAGGAAGAGAGCUUGAAUAUAGUGUCAAUCUCGACUACGUAUUAACAAUAGAUAUUUCAAGCAAUAGAUUGAAUGGUACAAUUCCCAACGAGAUAACAAAUCUCCUCAAUCUUGGUACCUUAAACUUGUCGAACAAUCAUCUUGUUGGUACCAUACCAGUAAAUAUCGGAGCUAUGCAACAAUUACAAACCCUCGAUCUCUCCCGCAACCGCCUUUCUGGUAACAUUCCUGCCAGCCUAGCUUCUUUAAAUUUCUUAACACAUUUGAAUUUGUCAUUCAACAAUUUGACCGGACGCAUUCCCACAGGUAGGCAACUUCAAACGUUGAAUGACCCUUCCAUUUAUGACGGCAAUCCUUUUCUAACGAAGAGCCCAGGUGACAAGAAGACAAACAACGAUGUUCCUGUUUCCGCAAAUAAAGUAGAUGGGAAGGAAAAUGAGAUGGAAUUCUUUGGGUUUGGCUUCUAUACCAGCAUGGCAAUUGGUUUUCCCAUUGGUCUGAACAUCUUGUUUUUCACCAUUUUCACAAGCCGAUCACGAAGAAUAUUGUACAUUCAGUUUAUAGAUCGUGUUAAUUACAACAUACUCGAAGGAAUUGGAUUUGUUAUCACCUCCAUGAGAAGAUUGAGAGGAAGAAGAUUUCAGUAAGGCUGUACAAUGAACGUACGGAGACUUGAUUGUCAACCGUAAGUGAAGAUUUCAAAGUAAGAACUCUAUAUUUGCAAUCUAAUAAUGUUUAUGUUUGUUUAGUGCUUGUGGACUGUUUACUAAAUUUAUAGAAUAAAUGUUGUAUUGUUUUAUCCCUUGUAUAACUCUGCCUAUGUUUUUCAAUAUUUGAAGUUAUAUACUAAUAAGAGAUACCAUUUAGCAACAUGAAACUGUAUAUUUGUUCACAUUCAUUAGUUUUUCAUAUAUAUAUAUAGUAUAAGUGUAGUUUUCUCAUUCAUUAGUUUUUUAAGAAACUGGAGUUAGAAAAUGGCUUCAUUAGCGACAGAACUCGAAGAUGACAUCAAAAGUAUUGUAGAUAUGAAGUUUUUUAUACAGGAAUUGAAUGUUAUUAUAGUUACAUUGAAUCAAUUAUCAAGGAGUGGAUCAUCCAAGAUUGUAUGAAGAUUGAAUUGCUGAUGAAUAAUGGGAUCAAGAUCAGAUAUUAACACCUCCGACAACGACGACAAUGUCGGAGAAUCUACGUCUUUUGCAUCGUUGCUGACAUGGCCUUUGUUUGUACUGAUCUUCUUG